AAACCCUCAAUUUCUUAUCCUUUGCUUUAUUCACUCUCUCUUACUCAUUCCAUCAAACAUUUCAAAUGCACUCAAUCUCUUGUAUUUUUUCUCACCAUUUCCCACUUACUUUCUUCACCUAACCCUGCCACUCUUCAAUCAAACUCAUAUUGUAGCGCAAUCUUUCCAACAACAUCUUUUGCGUCGAUUCAAACAUACCAAGAUUCAGUUUUUUUCUUCUAGAACGGUAUAUUUUCAGGUUUUGAUAUAUUUAUUGGAAGGAAUUAAUUGGUGUUAUGGAUCAGGCAACAAGCAAAGGUAGUGGUGAAAUGUUGGAUCAUGUUGUUAAUAAAGGGGUUAAUGAGAAUUCGAGUUGUUUAGUUGAAGGAGUUGCAACUGAUGCAGGAGCUGGACAUAGCUUGGGUGGUAGGGUUAGUGUAUGCGGUGAAGAUCGGAAUUCAGAAGAGUUGUGCAAUGAUCUUGGAUUGAAUGAGGAGCUAAAGGAGGGACAGCCUUUAGAAGUUAAGGAUUGCAAUCCAAACUUUGGUGGUGAUCCUGGAAAAAUCAACAAUGAAUUACGCGGGUUUGAUCAAGGGACUAGUUAUAAUUCAAGUGAUUCAGUUAAUGGGGAAGCACUUGAGACCCGUGUUGUAAUAGAUUCUUCUGCUCAGGUUGAGUCUGUCGAUGGAGAUAACAGAAAAUUAGAAGCUAAGACUAAUGAAUCAAGGUUGAACAAGCUAUUGGUUAAAGCACGGAAAGGUGUGUCUGAGACUGAUAAAAAUUCGUGUGUGAUUGAUGUGAAUUGUGGCAGCGGCAAAGAUUUUAGUGAGAAUUUGGAUGGUGAAACGAUUUGUAGGAUUUGCCAUCUUGCAUCUGGCCAACCAUUAGAAGAAACUGCUGUUGGAACUCCAAAUAGUAGUGUUGAUGAUAAAACAGGUUUGAUUAUGCUUGGUUGUGCAUGUAAAGAUGAGCUCGGAAUUGCACACAGUCAUUGUGCUGAGGCAUGGUUCAAGAUUAAAGGAAACAGGUUGUGCGAAAUCUGCGGUGAGACUGCAAAGAAUGUUCCCGAUGUUAUUAACAAUGCAUUUAUGGAAGAAUGGUGUGAAAGUGGAUUCAUCGAUAGUGGUAGCACCAGCACUUCACCGCGCGGGCUGGUUGGAUGCUGGCGCGGGCAACCAUUCUGCAACUUCCUAAUGGCAUGCCUGGUAAUAGGUUUUGUUCUACCAUGGUUCUUUCGUGUAAAAAUGUUCUAGCUUCUGAUUCAAAAACUAUUCUUCCCUGUCUAUACGAUGAGUGCAUCAAUGAUUCGUAGCACAUAUUUAUUUAAAGAUGUCGCAUUGCGUAAUUAACCACGUGCAAGGAAGUUAGCAGGCUUGGCAAUGUCAAGAUUGCUUUCUUAAUGAAGAAUUCUUUGGAUUGGAGUGCUUACUAUGUUCUGAAUAUAGAUUGAUUUCGGGAGAAGCGAAAAUAAGAUAUUUUGCUUGUGACAUGAUGUUGUAUAGAAACAAUAUAUAAUUUGCAGUAAAACAAGCAAACAGAAAGAAUUUCU